GAUGAAAAUUUCCGGUUUCGAAUUCGACAUUUGCAAACACAGGUAUAGCAGUUUGCGUUUCUCCAUUCCGUUUUUUUCGAAGAAGUUUGAGCGGACUGUUUCCAGUCUUUGAUCUUCCUUCCCAGAGUUGUUGACUUGAACAGAAACCAUGCCUGGAAGUGUCUACUCGGAGCGAUCAACAUCUUCACGGUCGGCAGCCUCUACGGCUUAUUCGAUCCAGAAAGCCAGACCGGUGCGGAAGACCGCCAGACACGACAUUGUCAAUGGUAAUCUACUGGUUGUGCCCACUUGGGGCUUGAAGAUUGAUCAACGCUGUCUACUUCAUGUUGAUGCAUGCAUCGUAAAUUAUUGUGGAAGCCGUAGCUACUUGCUACUUGGUCCGUGUAAACAAAUCUCAGGUAGUGUCAUUCAUAACCCGUACACGCCGGAAGUGAUGGCGGCGCUUCGCAUAACGUAUUUGAAAACGUCCCCACCCCAUAGUUGUACUGCAAAUCUGCAUGCUAGGAAUGUUUCUCAUGCGGAGCCCCAUAACAAGCAUCUUCUAGUCGUGUUUCGGAAACGGAAUCUGUCAUGCUCCAAUCAGCAUGAUAUACGAGAUCUGUUAUGCUGUAGUUGAGCUACCUUAAACAUAAACAGCACUACACUACGAGUCCAAAUUUGUCAUGCCAAACAUUCAUAAUUUGGGGACUUGUCUAGCGGAUUACCCCAUCUUGACUAUGGGGUGGGGACGUUUUUACAUAGGAUAUCGCAGUCGCGGUGGUCCUACGUGGCUUCGCGGCCACGUUGAGCACAUGUCGGGCGUGGACGCGUAAGUUGUUGUCUUCAGUGAUGCUUAGUGCAUUUUUUGAUAUGGAUUUGAAUUUGUUCUUCAGUCACCAGUUACUCGCAUACCAUAAGAUGCGUGCCAAGGGUUGAAUUUGUUCUUGAGCGGCAUAAAGGCAAAGCGCAAUCGGAAUCGUCGGGGUCGUAUGUAAGUAGUUCCUUUUCUUCACAAAAAAUCACUAACGCCAGAUGAAACCAAAAUCAAAACCAAAACGCAGUUUGGGCUAUAAUCACGGACUGUAUGCGGCGGUGAAAAAUCUGGGCAAUUUCGAGGUAAAUUUCAACCAGCUGUUCGGGCUCUCCGCAGCGGAAGCCGACCUAAACAAAACGUUGAUCAACCGGCUCACGUUGGCGCUUGAGGCGGUGGCCGAAGAUCGCCACGACGGGCAGGUAGUACAAUCUAGAGCUUGUUGUCGGACGGGUGGCUUCACUGUUUGUGCUUUCCUGUUUGAUUUUUUCUGCACGGGAGGUGAAAGAAUACAAAAAUGAAAAUGAUGUUAUGUCUCAAUCAUCAAUUGCAUUCUGUGCAUCACGGCCAGUAAGUAUGGUCGAGGAGCUCGAGGUCGAGAGAAACUCGCCCACAAUAAAGGAGCCGUCAAUAAAUCACUGCCAGGGUCGCGCCCUCGACAUGCGAUUAUUCACGGAAGCUUGCCACCAAUGCGGGCUGGGUCAUUUGCGGCCGCAGACGAUGAAGAAGAUGUUUAGCCGCAUCGACGCCUCGCAGGACGGCUGGAUGAGCUUUCGCGAGUGGCUCGCCUUGCUGGACUCGGCGCACCCGAAGACCUCGAACCGGCCAUCGGUGAACCUCGACGCCCAGCAGGAGACGAAACAACAGAUGAUGUCCAGCACGGUCGCGAACAGCACGGGGCGAACGAAUCUCGUGGGCCUAACUGGUGGAGCAGACCCGAGAGCGGUCUCGCCAAACUAUUCCGAAAUCGAAGAUGACGAGGAGAUCAUCGAAGAGGAGGAGGCUGCGGUCGUGCAGGACAGCAAACAAAUGACAGGUAGUACGGUGCUCGCAUCCUCGGCGAAGCACCUGCAGCCGUCGCGGGCCUCGAGCAAAAGCACUGCUGCGAGCCUGCGGGAAACCAACGGGUCUUCGAAGCUAUCGUCCUCGUCCUCCAGUCCGACCUACGACCACGCGCCGAUCGUUGUAACCGCGCCGCAAUGAAGAUUUACGUUGCAUAUAGCUACAACAUCAUGUUUCCAAAAUAAGUCUGCCGAAAAUUUUGGUGUUUAGGUCAUACGACCACGGUUUUUUUUGCUCGUCUUGCUAUGAUGUCGUUUCCUUGCAGGGCCUGUUUCGAGAUAAGUAAAAAUUCGUCGCUUUUUAUUUAUUACGACAAAAGUCUACUUACUUUUUUGGCCCUUUGCCGCUGUCGAUGUACAAUAAAGAAAUCAAGUAAACAAACAAAAUGGAAAUCGACAUCAAUGCUCCUGGCUGGAAGGGCCGCAAGAAGAAAUUGCUAAAAAAUCCGACUCGAGAUUUCAUCGUUGGCGGUCUGGCACCAAGAAAAGGAAGCUCAUGAGCACCAUGAU